AUGAGCUCACCCAACGAUAGCUCAACAGCUGACCUCGCCACUGACGCCACUCCGUCUUCAAUUGAAGCUCCAAGCUCAAACUCAAAUAACUCUCCUGCCGCUUCUGAUUUGAAGAAAAAUAGCAUGUCGCGCGGAUCGGAUACUGUGCCGGUCAGGUUUUUGCUCACAAGGUAUCUGACCGAGCCUUACAGAGGACAUGCAGAUACGAGUUACACCAAUGCUCAUCACUGGAGAUUGGUGGCAGGUUCUCCUUCCAAGGAAAGCCUAAAAAAUUGGGAUACGUUUAGCAGAAUUUUGAAUGGCAAUAUGAAACGUCAUCUAAAGCCGACAAUAUGUAUCAAUGGAGAGGUCAGACCCGAACAAUAUCCUGAAGUCACCGAUCAGAUAGAGAUCACAGAAAGAGAAAAGCUUUUCCGUGAAGCUCGAGCAAUAUCAUCGGAUUUCUUCCCUGCGGAGGGAUCAGGCUUGUCAGGUCUAACUGCCACAUUCGAAUUGGAAUGCGUUAGCAUCGAAGAAUACUUGAGUCGAAGCCCGGAGAUUACAGUAGAUAGGUUGAACCCGCCGCCAUACGACAAGGUUAACUAUAAACAGGAAAUGAGUGCCCGAAAAGGAAGGAGCUGGUUUCUCCUCUGA